GGGUGGGUGAUGCUCCAGAACCUUCCCAGCGUGGUGGCGGCUCUGGCGCUGUGUCCCCCUCCCGGGAGCCGGGUGCUGGACAUGUGCGCCGCUCCAGGGGGGAAGACCACCUUGCUGGCCCAGAUCAUGGGGAACCUAGGGGAGAUCGUGGCCCUCGACCGCAGCCACGCCAAGGUCUCCGAAAUCCGGUCCCUGACCGGGGAGAUGGGGGCCACCUGCGUGGAGGAUGGGGAGGGGUCCCCCCGUCCCGCCCCCUCCUUCCCGCCUGAAUACUUCGACCACAUCCUCCUGGAUGCGCCCUGCUCCGCCCUGGGGCUGCGUCCCCGUCUGCAGCAGCAGUCCUCCGCCGCCUACCUGCGGCAGUGCGGGGCGGCUCAGAGGCGGCUGGGGGACGCGGCCGUGAGGCUGCUGAGGACGGGGGGCAGUCUGGUGUACUCCACAUGCACCAUAAACCCU